AUGACCGGACAAGAAGAGGAUAAGUGGUCAUCCGAGGCCUACCAACACUCUGCCUCUUUCGUUCCCAAGUUGGCAACAAAGGUGGUUCAGUGGCUCGAUGUGCAAAAGGACGAUGUUAUCCUCGACGUCGGCUGCGGUGAUGGUGUCCUCGACGUCGAGUUCGGCAAGGUCCUCUCCCAAGGCAAAGGUUCCCUCCAUGGCAUCGACGCCUCCCCCGCCAUGAUCUCCGCCGCGAAGAAGGCCGUCCAAGUCGCAGGCCUCUCAAACUGCGAGUUCGAAGUCCUCGACGCAACAAAAAUCACAACCUCCCAAACUCCCUCCCUCCACACCCCAACCUUCACAAAAGCCUUCUCCAACGCAGCCCUCCAUUGGAUCCUUCGCCCCCCAGGAUCACACAUCCCCGUCUUCACCGCCGUCCGCGACGCCCUCCUCCCCGGCGGCACCUUCACCCUAGAGAUGGGGGGGCUAGGCAACGUAGCCGAGAUGCGCACGGCCAUCGUCAUGGCCGUCGCGCGGCGCGUCGGGAUAGCAAAGGCGGUCGAGGUGGACCCCUGGUUCUUCCCGGACGAAGACUGGCUGAAGCACGUUCUGGAAGAGGAAGUCGGCGGUUGGAAAGUUGAAAAGGUGGAGAGGGAGUGGAGGCCGACGACGGCGGAUAAGGGCGGCGUGGAGGGCUGGGUUCGGUUGAUGGGCAAGGAGCUGUUGUAUGCCCUCCCCGAGGAGGGCGGGCAGAGGGAGGAGGCUGUGAGGGAGAUUGUGGAGGUGUUGAGGCACGUUUGUAGGAUUCCUGGGGAUGGGGAGAUGAUAAGCUAUGUGAGGUUGAGGUGUUUUGCGAGGAAGCUCUAG